GAUUACGGAAGUGUAGCCCACCCACUACAAAGAUGGAGGACGAUAUCUCAAAUUUGAGCAGACCUCAGAUGUAUUUGUUUGGUUGUACCCUCAAAUCCGACAAACGGGAGUUCAGAGUUGACGUAGACGACGAUGAUACGGAGCAGCAGCUGUCACUCAAAGCAGUGUGUCUGGGGGCUGAGGCUGAGGAUAAGUUCCACAUGGUGGAAGUGGAGGGUCUCACCUAUGAUGGGAAAUCAACCAAAGUCCCACUGGUUGCCCUGAAACCGUCCGUCAUGCCCUCUAUGACUUUAGGAGGAUUUGAAAUCACGCCUCCAGUCACCUUCCGUCUCCAGUCUGGCUCUGGACCAGUUCACAUCAGCGGGCAGCAUUUUGUUAGUGUGAAGGAUUCAGACGAUGAAGAAGAGGAGAACAACUCGUCACCUGUGAAGCGGCCUGCAAGCCUGAUGUCGGGGAAGAAGCCUCCUUUGAAAAAACUGAAGAUGGAUUCGGACGACGAUGACGACAGCGACGAUGACGAUGAAGACGAUGACAGCGAUGAAAAUGAUGUGACGCCUCAAAAGAAUGUUGGAAAAGAGCUCAAAAAAAGUCCAGGGUUUUCAGCAAAGAAGCCCAACAAGACUCCGGUGAAACAAAACGGCCCCUCAGGAAAACCAUCAGGAUCAGGGAUCAAACCUCAAGUUAAGACACCUGCCCCAGGAAAAGACAAACCCCAGGCUGGCCCGUCUAAAUCUCCCUCUCUGACUGAGAUUAAGAGCAAGUUGUCAACCGCCGCCAAGGAGGGGAAACCACUACCGAAGACCGAGCAGAAGUUUGAAAAUUACUUGAAGAGUUGUUUUAAAAUCGCAGACCAAAAGGUGGUCAAGGACCUUUGGAGUUUUGUAAAAACACUGAAGAUUGAAAAGAAGUAACAAACGUUGUUCUCUUGAAGCAUUUGUAUGUGUUGCCUCCUGCAAGACAUUUAAAGGCACAGUCUGCGACAUUUCCUCUUCGGCCUUAUUAAGUGUUACUGAAAAAGGGGUAACGCCGUUUGUGAUUCAGGGGUCAUUUCCAGUAGUUUAGAUGUGAAGCACCUUUUUGGAGCUAGUUCAUAACUCACAAACUCGCUCAUUCAUGUUUAUCAGACAAGCUGUCCACUUCAUCGCAAUCUGCACCACCUAUAGGCAAGGAAAGGAACUGCACACGCCUUUUUAAAGAAGUGGCACGUGAAUGUUGCUCAACAUGCUGCAAUUAUUCAUAUUUGCGCCGCCUGCAUGUAAUAACUGUUGCACAUGCAUGAUUUUAUUAAUGCAAUAAAUAACAACGUCAUUCAGAGCCAAAGAUCAAAUCUGGUCAACUAGGUCAUUUGUUCAGGCACUUGUUCACCAAACAGAAUAUCUCUAACCAAAAGGAGCGGCCAAAGACAUCGAAUCUGAUGCUUUUGCACCUAGAUGCAGCAACGAUUGUCGAUGUGCAGCUAUAGAAAUGAAAGCGAUUACACAAAGUGAAACUGUCAAACUACACAGGCUGUUCCUUUCCUUUCCUUUCCUGUAGAAAGUGAGAUGACGUCAUAUUUCUUCAUGUAUAGAGGACGCAUGUUGCAGACUGCUUCUGCUGCUGCUUUCAGGUGCUUUGCGUCCAUGACACUUGUUAAGUGUGUCCUUGUUGUUAAGUCAACAAUGCAAUAGGAGAUAUUGCAGAAUGUGCCUUUAAAUAUCUGUACUGUUAACUGAGAUACAUCAGAGUCAGAUUAAAUGGGAAUUAAAGCAGCAGUAUACACAAGGAUGGUCAAGACAGCUGAUGCAGAGGGACUGACGAUGUUUGACUUUUUAAAGUGUUUUGUUAUCUUAGCUUCUGUCAGGCUUAAAGAAACACAUUUAGCUUGCAAAACGUGCUUGAAGAUUGUAUUUUUCAUUUGUGCGGUAUAAUUGCUUUAUACAUAUUGUUUUAAAACAUGUAUUGGAGUAAGAUGAGUCCAUUUUAUUUUUAAAUUGUCUUAUAGUUUGGUCAUUACUGCAGCUAAACACGCAUUAACGUUUUUUUACACCACCAAGGGGUUACCUAUUUCUUUCCUGCAGCGAAGAUUUACUGUUUAAAAUCAUUUCACUGAAUCUCAAUAUCAAACCUUAAGAUUCAUAUACAUUAAUGAAUGUGUACUUUACUAGUGUUACAUAUAUUAUCACGUUAAUCUGUUCAGUAAACAAGAAAUAGUUUAUUUGUGUUUUUACGGAGACAUUUCUGGAUGAGGGUCUGUCGUUUGUUUUUUACUUUCAAUUCAAAUGUAAUUCUGGUUAAAUUAGUCUGAACUUGCACACCUUUUUUCAAAUGGCCUUGUUUAAGUAGAAAUUCAUAUGAAUCCCCUUACCUUCUGUGAUAACCUGAGAGGGUUUUUAUUGACCAUGAUAUUAUAAAAUCAUCUGUAGCGAAAAAACCAGGACACAAAGCAUUCUUGAUAAUAUUAUGAGCUCUAUAAAAGCAACACAGCUGCCCUGACUUAAACCCCUUUUCUUUAAAGUAAUAUACAUUAAAUACAAAAAGGCAAAUAGAUUUGUUAACGAGCUCCAGGAGUAUAUUUACGAUGUGCUAAUCACACCUCUUCAGUGCAUUUGAAUGAACUGGUUACAAGCCUAUGAAGACAGAUUAUCUUAUUUAUUACAACAUAAUCAUAAGGUAUAGAUCAGAAAAUAACAGUAACAUCACGUCACAUUUACAGAAAACGCUGUAAAGAAAACUCAACCCCAUAAUUGUUCACACUCUUCUAUAUCAGUGCCCUGAUGAGCAUACAUCGCCCCGUGCUUAUGUGUUUAUGGUCCUGUAUAAUGGGUUUUAUGAGACAAAUGUUGGCAGCAGGAGACCAUCGCCAACCAAUUAAAUCGCUCGGUUCAACCCUCUGAUUCUCUGUAAAGGAUAUUUCAAAUUCCUUAGCUGUAAACGUUAAUUCUUCUUUAAAGGUGGGGUAGGUCAUUUUGGAGAAACCAGCUUGAGUGCGCUAGAAUUAGAAAAUACACAGCCGGAACAAAUCUGCCACUUCCUUACAGAGCCCCUCCUCCAACACGCACGAACGCGCACAUGACCAAUGAGGGCACAAGAUAAGUUUGUGCACAGAUGGAAGGCUGACAGGCAGGUAGGCCAUCCAGUUAUUUUAGCCGGGCCGGCUCAAAUGAUUGGUCGUGCUUUUUACAGUACUACAGCUUCCACAGAUGACAUUUUUUAAUGGAUUUUUUGUCAAAGCACUUAAGAUAUUCAUUGCUAUCGGGAUGUUAAGAGCAUUCCAUGGAAUAUAACAAAAAGUGUAUCUCGAGCCGGUUUCUCAAACUUACCUACCCCACCUUUAAAGUCGCCUGUAUAAUGUUCUUUAAUAUCAGAAUUUGAAUAUCGAUAAUAUCUUUUAAUAGGAGCAAGAUGCCAUCCCCAGGAUUCAUUGAUUGUAUUAACUUCUUCCCUUCUAUCAAACUAAACAGACUUCUUCCUGUAAAUAAAUUAUUAGUUCUGUUAUUUACUAGUACGGCAGCUAAACAGAUAUAUUUGUAUGUGUAUGAUUAAUCCGCCCUUUGCUAAUAGCUUGUUUUGUAGCUUGGAUCUGUUUUCAUGGUCUUCAUUUGAAAUGUGUUUUAGUUAGGUGUGAAAGUGUUGAAUAUAAUUUUAAAACCGUCUUUGUGGGUAAACAUGUUGUUUGUUUUUCUUUCAUUUUAAUCCUACUGUUUACUUUCUUUUGAUUAUGUAAUUUGAAAGCCAUCGCCUAAAUGUGUAGUAGGAAAAAGAGAUUGUAGUCUGUCUUGAUAACCUGAUGUGUUAAGGGUUUUAUUUUAGUAAUAACAUUUGUUUUACAAAAAUACAAUUGACAUUUUCUGGAUUAUGACUAGUAGAUAGUAUCUACCGUAGCAUCAGAAUAAAGUAAUUCUGAUAUAUUAUUUAUAAUGUCUUUGACCCCUCUGUUUUGCCCUCUGUUGAACAUCUGCGUCGCGAGAGAUAUGUCAAUGCAAAUUAAAUUAAAUUGUCAUACACUGUAAUAUUGGUAUGAUUAGAUGAUGUUUAAAGUGUUGAAAGAAGUGCAUUUUGUCCGUUUAGUCAAAUUGUUUUGAUUAGUUUAUGCAUGAAUGCUCCUGGUGGAUAUUCAUAUAUGUGAGACAUAUCCAUCCAUUUCCUUCUUUUUAUUUACCUGAAUAAAGUGAAUUCCAGUUGCUUUUGAGUCCAACAUUUUGAAACUGGUAUGAAAAA